AGUGGACGUGGCCUGUGAGCUGUGUACAGUGAGCAUGUUGAGAUGGAGAUGCAGGAGUUAGUAUGGCAGCUCCGCAGCCCAAACUUAUAUUCCUGUUCAGCGGGAAACGAAAGUCGGGGAAGGACUAUGUGACUGAUUUAAUACAGGAGAGGCUGGGUCCACAUGUGUGCUGCAUCCUCCGGCUCUCUGCUCCACUGAAAGCCCAGUAUGCUCGGGACCAUGGACUGGACUACUCUGAGUUGCUGAGUGCUGGUCAGUACAAGGAGAAGUACAGAGCUGAUAUGAUUCAGUGGGGUGAGAGCAAGAGGCUGGAGGACCCUGGGUUUUUUUGCCGUCUGGCCAUUUGUGGUGCUACCCAACCAGUGUGGAUUGUGAGCGACUGCAGGCGGAUGUCUGAUCUGCAGUGGUUCUGGAAGGAGUAUCCGCAGCAGUGCGUCAGUGUACGAGUGGAAGCUUCUGAGCAAACCAGAACCCAGAGAGGCUGGAAGUUCACUGCAGGAGUGGACGAUGCAGAGUCGGAAUGUGGGCUGGAUCAGGGGGUGAAGUUUGACCGGACCGUGAACAAUGAUGGAGACGCCGCUCUGCUUGAAGAACAGCUGGAGGGGCUGCUGUCGCUGGCUAAGGAGAGAUCACAGUAGAGCUCAAGACCCGAAGACAACAUCAGACUGAAUAAACAGUGGAGAUGAGACCUCGUACCUGUAGGGAAAUUGCUGCUAUUCCGGACCAUGUCUAGAACUAAUACAACAAUUGUUUUGAUAUCCUGUGGAUUUUUGGGUGUGCGUGCUGGAUGAAAACAUAGUUACUGAUUUUAUAUGUCUUAUAAAACAGUCUGUGCCAUGUUUUGUUUUAGUCAUGCAUCUGUGCCUUUUGCUUUCUUCGUUUUUGAAGAAUGUGAUCAUAAACACUAAAAAAAAUACCCAUGCGAGAGUAUUACAGAUAGCUUAAUUUAAUGGAAAGCAAAAUAUUGUUUCACAAACAUUAGUUAAAUACUAGUUAUUUAAAUAUGCUUUUUUUUUUCAAAAUGUUCUGCUUUUCAUUCAGGUAAUCAGGACUGAUUACAUUCUAAUAAAAUGUGCAGUUGAUCAGUAUUUUACAGCACUGCUAAUAUCCACAAUUUACUGAGAGAUGCAUAUUUUAUUUUUAUCAAAAAUACACAUAUCACAAUACAAUAAAACAUUGUCAUAAUGCCCAGCUCUACUAAUUCUGCACUUUUAUAUUUUAUAACAUUUUAGGCAUCGUACCAUUUAAAUAUUGCAGUGCCUUGGAAUUAUAUCCUAAAUUAAUGGGUGUUAUCAUCAUAGAAAAGUACAAAUUAAUCAGAAAACCAAAGCUUCUGAUCAUUUUUUUAUUUUUAAUAGUUGUAAACUGAAUUAUGACCAGUGUUGUAUCAUCAAUAAGUUCAGGCAGUAGGUAUAAAAAGUGCUAAAACUACAAAGGCUGUUAAUCUGUUUUCAUAGCAUGCCUCAAGAAAUAAACUGAAUCAAAGUGAAAAAGCUAUUGCAAAUAAAUUUUGGUGGUUUGUGUUCUCAUUUUUUUUACACAGCCCUUAUAUCAACAGUUAUUUUUCCACUGCUAAUGCAUUGAAACAACAUUUAUCUCAGACAUCAGAAAUGAUUUGGGUUUGUUGAUUCAGCAUUGAUUUAACAUUAUGGUUUGUAUUAAAACUUUAUUUAAAAAUG